CUUUGUUGCUGUUUUUAUUCGUUUGUCACAUAAGCAGUGGUGGUCGGUCGGCCGGCGACAAUGAGCGGCCGUGUGUUCGUCCUGGCCGCUGCCUUCGGCGUGCUGCUCGCCGCAGCCGCCGUGUCCUCGAGGCCCGUCCUGACUCCGCUGGGUACUAGCCGCCCUGCUGCCGGCGACCUGUCCGUGUACUUCCACGCGGACUCGUGCCCGCAGCUGGAGACGAUCGUGCGGUCCAGCGUGGACGCGGCGCUCCAGCAGAACGUCCGUCUGACGGCGGGUCUCCUCCGCCUCUUGUUCCACGACUGCUUCCCGCAGGGCUGCGACGCGUCCAUCCUCCUGGACAACGGCGAGCGCGGCCUCCCGCCCAACGUGGGGCUGCAGCAGGAGGCCGUGCAGCUGGUGGAGGACAUCCGCGGGAAGGUGCACGCGGCGUGCGGGCCCACCGUGUCGUGCGCCGACAUCACGGUGCUGGCCACCCGCGACGCCGUGAGCCUGUCCGGCGGGCCUUCCUUCACGGUGCCGCUGGGGCGGCUGGACAGCGCGGCGCCGGCGUCCAGCAACGACGUGUUCACGCUGCCGCCGCCGACGGCGACGGUGGACGAGCUGCUGACGGCGUUCGGGAGCAAGAACCUGUCGGACCCGGCGGACCUGGUGGCGCUGUCGGGCGCGCACACGGUGGGGAAGGCGCGGUGCAGCUCGUUUGGCGACGUGGCGGGCCCGGCCACCGACGACGUGACGCGGUGCGUGACGGCGACGUGCUCGGCCCCCGGGAGCGGCGACACGCUGCGGGACCUGGACUUCCUGACGCCCGCCGUGUUCGACAACCUCUACUUCGUGGAGCUGACGCUGAGGAAGAACAAGGGGGUGAUGCUGCCGUCGGACCAGGGGCUGGUGAGCGACCCGCGCACGAGCUGGCUCGUCCAGGGCUUCGCCGACAACCACUGGUGGUUCUUCGACCAGUUCAGGACCUCCAUGAUCAAGAUGAGCCAGCUCAGGGGACCCCAGGGGAACGUCGGCGAGAUCCGCCGUAACUGCUUCCGCCCAAACACCAACGGCAUCGCCGCCUCUGCUUGAGUUGACUGACCAGGCACCGAUCCAUUACUUCACUUUCACUGUGUGUAAUAAUUAAUAAUAAUAAAACAAAAACAACGCCAGCCCGUACGUGCCGUGUGAGGGGGGCACGUGGUUGUGGCUAUACUGUAGCCGUCACCACCAUGUCGGCGUCGUCCAUGCAUGUCGCAUUACCGAUUUUUGUUCAUGUUCCGAUCUCAUCUCAUCAUCUCGCUAUCAAUAACAAUUAUAAUAGUGUUUAUUAGUAGU